GCCUGAGACUUUCUAAGCCCUGAACUGUUUUUCAUUGGAGAGUACUCAUCAUCAACCGAGCCCCAUCCAAACUUACAGGUCAAAAUCUAUAAUAACCAUCAUAGCUACUAGAGUCUUUCAGUUUGCACCCACUGCUCUCUAAAUUUUUUUGAUGGUGGCCAAACCAGCAAUGAUGAAUUUAAAUCGCCGCCUUCUUGUCACGGAGCCAGGUAUGCCACUACGGAACGGAAACAAAGCUAGUGAAUCCAAUUUUGACACCAACUUGGUGAUCAUUCUGGCGGCCUUGUUAUGUGCUCUGAUAUUUGCACUUGGAUUGAACUCAAUUGUGCGUUGUGCUCUACGUUGUAGUCAUAGGUUUGCCAUGGAGACACCGGAACAAAGUGCAGUGUGUGAGGCCACCACCGGCCUCAAGAAGCAUGCUUUGCGUAAGAUUCCAACGGCAAUUUAUGGUUCAGGAUCCAAUAUUCCGGCAACUGAGUGCACAAUAUGCCUGGGAGAGUUUGUGGAUGGUGAGAGGGUUCGAUUACUACCCAAUUGUAAUCACGGGUUCCAUGUAAGAUGCAUAGACCAAUGGCUAAUGUCAAAUUCAUCGUGUCCUAAUUGUCGUCGGCCUUCACUGCAGCUUGAACGUUCAAGCCCUUCAAGUACAGCUCAUGAAGCUGCCAGAGCUUAGCCACUGCGGUUAUCGUUUCGGGCCAGCAAAGUAGUACUGUGGCUGGCCAUAGUUGUAGAAGAAAACAACUUGAUGCCAGGGAGACAACAUCCAGAAGUUAGUGUCAGAUGUUCAAGUCUUCACACUGUUCAACUUUACUUGGUAGAUAUGGUCCGAAUAUGAAUAUUGAUAUACAGUUUCCUGGACUAGAGGCCACAUUUUAA